AUUUUAGCCUAUUAUUUAUUUAGUCUAGCUUGUGCGUAUCGCUUUCGUGCAUUCGAUUUACCGCCCCGCUCGAGAAGUAGAAGAAGGAUCUCUCUCUCUCUCUCUCUCCCUGGUUUUCCCUCGCAGCACUCACUGCUCACCGUCAUGUCUCAGCUUGAUAACAGGAAUUCUUCUGCUUCCAAGCGUGCCAGGACUGAUGGUAGCCGCAGGGAAGAUGAUUGGACAUGUCCUAGCUGCGGUAAUGUCAAUUUCUCUUUCAGGACAACCUGCAAUAUGCGUAACUGCACCCAACCAAGGCCUGCUGAUCAUAAUUCUAAAUCUGCUGUGAAGCCUCUUCAAGCUCCACAGGCCUAUUCAUCCGCAGCUCCUUAUUUAGGCUCCAACGCCCCCCCUUCAAUUUAUAUUGGUGCCCCACCUUAUGGGUCUUUAUUCAAUGGAUCACCAGUUCCUCCCUAUGAGGUUCCAUUUACCGGAGGAUCAGCUUAUCAGUACAGUUAUGGAAGCCGUGUUCCUGCUGGCAGUCCGUAUAGACCAUUACAUCUAGCAGGACCAGCACCAUACACCAGUGGAGCCGUGGUGGGACACGGUGGGAUAUAUGCCAUGCCCCAGCUAUUGGAUCGCUAUGGCCUCGGUGUCCCUAUUGGACCUGGAGCAAUGCAGGGCACUAGGCCAGGAUUUUUUCGUGAUGACAAGUCUCAGAAAAAGGGACCAGAUGCAACUCGUGACAAUGAUUGGGCUUGUCCAAAAUGUGGCAACGUCAAUUUCUCAUUUAGAACUGUUUGUAACAUGAGAAAGUGCAACACACCCAAACCCGGAUCCCAGGCCUCAAAGUCUGAUAAGAACACUAAGCAAAAGAUGCCCGAGGGAAGCUGGAAAUGUGAAAAAUGUAAUAACAUAAAUUACCCAUUCCGAACCAAGUGCAACAGACAGAAUUGUGGUGCUGAUAAGCCAGCUGAAUCGGAAAAAUCUCCCUCAUCAUCUCCAGAUCAAAAUGAACAGUGAGUACUAAGACAUGUUUGAGGGUUGAGAAGGUCCAGAGUUGUCUUCCAGCAUUGCUCAGUUUGGGUGUUUGACAGUCAGUCUUGUCGUCCUCUAUGUUGCAGAAGUUGUCAAGUCACCCACCUUCUCAUAAUAUGUGUCAAUUUGUUGUAUUAACUGAGAUGGUAUUUUGGUCUUUUGUGGAUUGUUACUAUGCAUGUGUCAGCCAGAUUUUUCUGGCAUAAAGAUUGUUGCAGGUUCCAGUUUUAAGUUUCCUUUUGGUUCUGAACUGUCUGCAUUUUGCAUUUUAAGUACAACUUUAGAUGAAUAGAUACCAUAAACAAUUGAAGUUUCCAAGUGUUUUUAGAUUAUUCAGGUCACAUUUCAGUUUUAGCUUGUUGGAAGUGUCUGAUUGUUAUCCUACCACUUUUAGCAUGUAUGCGCCAGCAUCACAGAAACCGUUUACUUUCGAGUCACUGCUUUUAGUUAGUUGUGUGGAUGAUGUAUGUCGUGUCAUUAAAUUGAUGUUUAUUGUUGAUUGUUUUUAAGCCAAUCCUAGAUUUUUUUAAUGGUCAUGUAAUAUAAGCACCCAGCCGGUGAUACUAGGUUUUUGGGAGGGCUAAUCUUUGUGAGUGCUUUGUUGGGUCCAUAUUGGGCAGGCUAAUCUUUGUGAGUGCUUUGUUGGGUCCAUACUGAUCUUUGUGAAGUUUCUGCUAUCUUGCCAUAUUCUGUUUCCCUUUGUGUCGCUGACAUACGGCUAUAAAGAAAGUUUAGUUAAAAAUUGGUCAGUUUGAAUAAUUAAUGAUGUCAAAUAGGCCGUCAGACGUGUCAAUUACAUGGAGUUAGAAUUCACUCUUGGGAAUUAUUUUGUACUUGCACUUUACCUGUACAGUCCCCAAAUAUGUAUAGAAUCCCUGAAUACUGGAAGUGCUAAUCGGAUUUCGCUUUGGUGCCUUUGGUCUUUGGUGUCUUUGUUCCUAUCUCUCUUAACCAAUCAUUCUCUCUCCACCUAAAUAAUUUAUUUUAAGAGAAAUGUUAUUUGAACCACCAUUUUUGGAGUUCGGGUAUGCUCCAUUUAGGCUAAGCUCCAUUUACUCCAAUUAGGGUUUGGAUGUAAGACAUGUGGAAAAAAAUAUCUAACAGUUGAGAUUUUAAAUUAAAAAACAAACAAUAAAAGGUUGUUGCGAUAUGAGAGAAGAAGGGAACAUGAUUUGUUUGUUAUUAUUAUGUAUUUUUAUUAAACAAAUAUUUGGUUUUUAGUUUAAAAUCUCAACCGUUAGAUUUUUUUUGCCACAUGUCUUGUAUCCAAACCCUAAAUGGAGUAAAUGGAGCUUAGCCUAAAUGGAGCAUACCCGAACUCUCAUUUCUGGACAACUUAUGGGGGACACAACCAAAGGUAUACAAGACAAUGUGGUUUUUUAAUAAUCUUUCGCUUACUUUGGUUUGUGUCAAUACUCAUAUUGUCUUGUAUAUCUUUGGUUGUCCCAAAGUGGAUGUUCAAAUAACAUAACUUACUUUAAUCAUUCAUCCAUCAGUCUCUCUAAUCUAAAAUACACCAAAUGCCAAUGACACCCAAGUGAAAUAUGUGCUAAUCUUAGUGAAGUCUUUGCUAUUUCUUUUCCUGCUGUGCGUCACUGACAUUAUGAUUCAACUAUCAAGUUUACAUAGUAAAAAUUUGGUCAGUUUGAAUAACUAAUGAUAUCAAGAAGGCUGACACCUUUGUCAAUUACAUGAGUCAAUAUGCAACUUGCCCUUUUCUACCUAUUAGGCCUGUAGUCCCUAAAUAUGCAUGCAAUCCGUGAAUUACUUGUAUCAUAACAUUAACCCUUCUCCUGAGAAGCAUUAUUUGAUUAUGGACUUCUAUAUAUCUUAAUGCUUACUCGAUUAAUAAAUCAAUUCAAGGGGAUUAUUUAGAUUCCUUUUAUUCAUAAAGUGUUCAAUAUAGUAUUGUUCUAUACUAUUUUGCACUAAGUCUGAGCAGCGAACUGUUGAAAAGAAAUGAAGAACUCGGUGCUGUGUUCUGAAGAAGUCACUUGUUGCACUCUGGUCUUGAAGGUCCCCAAUGACGAGAAAUGGCUGGACAUUUAAAAAAGGUCCCCAAUGAUCUCAUCACCCACAUUUUGUUUUAAAGUAGUUCAAAUUUUAUUCAUCAAUAGGAUUAAUUUUUACAAGAUUGUCGUAUAGUGAGAUGCAUUGAACCUGACUACAGGCGGCAUAGCCUGAUUUGUCUAA